AUGGCAGCUCUUUGGCAAUUAGUUCUCGCGGCUUUUAGCUUGGUUGCCUUGGUACAAGGACAAAGCUUCAAUAACCCCGUACUUUGGGAGGAUCUCGCCGAUAAUGAGGUUAUCCGAGUCAACGACACAUACUACUACACCGCCUCAACAAUGCAUUAUUCGCCUGGUGCCCCAAUCCUACGCUCUUACGAUCUUGUCAACUGGGAGUAUUUCAGUCAUGCUGUCCCUACACUUGGUUGGGGGACCAAAUAUGACUUGACAGGCGGCCAGCAGGCUUACGUCAAGGGCAUUUACGCGUCUACUUUCAAGUAUCGCAAAAGCAACAACCUGUGGUACUGGAUCGGUUGCAUCGAGUACUCAACAACAUAUGUGUUUACUGCCACAUCACCGACUGGGCCUUGGUCACAGAAGGCUAAAAUCGCAACUUGCUACUACGAUGCAGGUCUCCUUAUCGACGACGACGACACGAUGUAUGUCGCCUAUGGCAACACUCAGAUGAGCGUCGCACAGCUAUCCGCCGAUGGCCUUUCGGAGGUGCGCAAGCAGGUCGUUUAUUCCACGCCGUCUAGUAUUGGAACCCUGGAGGGCAGCCGAAUGUAUAAAUACAAUGGAAAAUACUACAUCUUCGCGACAAAGCCGGCAACCAGCCAGUAUGUGCUUCAGGCCAGCAGCCCGUGGGGCCCGUACACUGUUAAGGCUCUUGUCCAAAGCGUGGCCGCCCCGGUGUCUGGAGCUGGAAAUCCUCAUCAGGGCAGUCUAGUCGACACCCCCGACGGAAAGUGGUAUUACAUGGCGUUCAUUGACAACUACCCUGGCGGCAGAGUCCCGGUUCUUGCCCCAGUAACUUGGGCCUCUGACGGUUUCCCAGCGGUCACCCUAUCGAGCGGCGCAUGGGGCAAGUCGUACGCAUAUCCAGCAACCCAGAAACCGGUUCAAUCCACGCUUGGCACGGACACGUUUACCGGGACGUCCCUAGGGCCAGCAUGGGAAUGGAACCAUAACCCUGACACUUCCAAGUUCACGAUUUCCAAUGGCUUGACUUUAAACACCGCGACAGUGACGAGUGACUUAUACGCGGCCCGAAACACGUUGACAAAGCGUAUCCACGGCCCUCAAGGAGUCGGUACAGUCGUUAUUGACUUCACUUCCAUGGGCGAUGGCGAUCGUGCUGGGUUGUCGCUGCUGCGCCAGGAUUCUGCCUACAUCGCCGUCCAGCGAUCUGGCUCAUCUUACUCCAUCGUUAUGUACAAUGGCCUGAGCAUGGUCAAGAGUACCUGGACCACGUCGUCGACGGGCUCUCAGGCAGCAACCACGCCAAUCUCGCAACGGCGUGUUUGGCUUCGUGCUAACGUGGACAUCAAUCCUGGUUCCGGGAAGAAGGGAUCUUUCUCGUACAGCCUCGACGGCAACACUUUCGUGGCGUUCGGGUCGCAGCUGACCCUGAACAAUGAAUGGGAGUUUUUCAUGGGUUACCGAUACGGCAUUUUCAAUUUCGCAACGAAGUCUCUUGGUGGUUCCGUCAAGGUUGAGUCUUUCACAAGCGCCUAA